AUGACCCAACUGCCUCAAACUCCAGAAGAUUCCUCUUCUCCUCAACCAUCAAAGUCUGAAGAUACCGCUCCAGUGGGACAAUCAGCCUCGAAACUAGCAUCUACUCCACAAACACCUCCGCCGACGCGUAAACUGACACGAAGACCAAAGCCAUCGAGUUCCAUUUGGUGUAAAUCUGCACUAUAUACCCUUUUAAUUCUAUUCGUGGGUUAUGUCUGGCUCUCGUGGACAGAUCCAGACCAAGUCGCGCUCCGAAAGCAGGCGUGGGACAUGGCAAUGGAGAAAAUUCGCGGUAAACAGAUUGUACAUGCACAUAGAUACUCGAAGCAGUACAAGUUUAGACCCGCAGCUUCACCCGUGAUCACAGAGACACUCAAAGACGGCAGAACAAAGGUCUUUGGCGGUCGACCGGGCGACGACAUGCCACUACCGACGUCGACAACGCCAAAGGCAAAGCCUACAAACUCUACGCCAAAGAAGACGCCGCGAAAGAAGAAGAGUAAGAAGAAGAAGAACUAG